CCCACGCCGUCGGCUCACCCGUCCUAACCCCAUCGUCCUCCCCACCAUGUCCCUACAAUUUAAGGGCUCUUCCAUAAUUUCAUUCAUGGGCUCCGUAGUUCUAGCGACAGUAGGAGGAGAGAAUUGGGAAAACAUAAAAAGAAACGAAAGAGGGUUGCACAUUCCAUUUCUUGAGAGAGCGAGAGACGGACAUCAGCUUUUGCUCUCUCUGCUCUCUCUCAGCUGUUUCCGAAUUCUGUGAUGAAAAGCAGCCUCAAAGUCAGGUAGGACACAGUAGUAGGAGAGAGAGAGAGAGAGAGAGAGAGAGAGAGAGAGGGAGGGGGGAGACAUUUAAGGAGGGCUGCCCUGAAGACUCUCUCUUCUUCCCUCUCCUUUCUCUCUCGAAGAGCAAACCGGCCUCGGCUGGGAGAAAACCGGAAGACGCUCUCUUCCUACAAACCUGUCGCCAUGAUCUCGUUGAGCGGAAGCAGUUUUCUGAACAACUCCUUGUGUGGGGUGUCCAGAGGCCUCUCGUAUUCGCAGAGAAGACCAUCCUCAGCUCCAGUGGUGGUAGCUGCUUUUGCCUCGAACGGCCGACCCGGGGAUAGAAACGCCGCCGUCUUGAUGGAGAGCACAUUGAAGGAUAUGCGAGAAGAUGGGACUUCGGUUCUGGAUAUGGACCCCAAGUCCACCGUCGGCGGAGGGGUUGAGGACGUAUACGGCGAGGAUACUGCCACCGAGGAUCAGCUGGUUACGCCUUGGACUGUAUCUGUAGCUAGUGGGUAUUCACUGCUACGGGAUCCACACUUUAACAAAGGACUUGCUUUUUCUGAGAAGGAGAGAGAUGCACACUACUUGCGCGGUCUUCUCCCUCCCACAGUUGUCACUCAAGACCUUCAGGUGAAGAAGUUGAUGAACAAUCUUCGUCAAUAUCAAGUUCCACUGCAGAGGUACAUGGCCAUGAUGGAUCUUCAGGAGAGAAAUGAAAGGCUGUUUUACAAGCUUCUCAUUGAUAAUGUUGAAGAGCUGCUUCCAGUUGUCUACACUCCAACUGUUGGUGAGGCUUGCCAGAAAUACGGCAGCAUCUUGAGGAGACCUCAGGGUCUUUUUAUUAGUCUGAAAGAGAAAGGGAAGAUUCUUGAGGUGCUAAAAAACUGGCCUGAAAAGAGUAUUCAAGUUAUUGUUGUGACUGACGGUGAACGGAUUUUGGGGCUUGGGGAUCUUGGCUGCCAGGGGAUGGGAAUACCUGUUGGGAAACUUUCAUUAUAUACUGCGCUUGGGGGCGUUCGUCCAUCAGCAUGCCUGCCCAUAACCAUUGAUGUGGGGACAAACAAUGAGAAGCUGUUGAAAGAUGAAUUUUACAUUGGGCUUAGGCAAAGGAGAGCAACUGGACAGGAAUAUGCGGAUCUUCUUCAUGAAUUCAUGGCUGCAGUAAAGCAGAACUAUGGGGAGAAAGUACUCAUUCAGUUUGAAGACUUUGCCAACCAUAAUGCUUUUGAGUUGCUUGCAAAGUAUGGUACAACCCAUCUUGUUUUCAAUGAUGAUAUCCAGGGCACUGCAUCGGUGGUCCUCGCUGGAAUUGUUGCAGCACUCAAAUUAGUUGGGGGAACAUUAGAUGAGCACAGAUUUUUAUUCCUUGGUGCUGGUGAGGCUGGCACUGGAAUAGCAGAACUCAUAGCUCUUGAGAUGUCAAAACAGACUAAUGCUCCGUUAGAAGAGACUCGCAAAAAGAUUUGGCUUGUGGAUUCAAAGGGACUAAUUGUUAGCUCCCGCAUGGACUCGCUUCAACAUUUCAAGAAGCCCUGGGCUCAUGAACAUGAACCUGUCAAGGAUCUCUUAGAUGCUGUUAAUGCAAUAAAGCCAACGGUUUUGAUUGGAUCAUCUGGAGUAGGUAGAACAUUUACUAAAGAAGUGGUUGAGGCUAUGGCUUCCCUCAAUGAGAGACCCAUUAUUCUCGCUCUUUCCAACCCAACUUCACAAUCAGAGUGUACUGCUGAACAAGCUUAUACGUGGAGUGGGGGUCGUGCCAUUUUUGCGAGUGGUAGCCCAUUUGACCCUGUUGAAUAUGAGGGGCAGGUUUUUGUGCCUGGACAGGCCAAUAAUGCAUACAUUUUCCCUGGAUUUGGUCUGGGCUUGAUAAUCUCUGGCGCAAUCCGUGUUCAUGAUGACAUGCUUCUGGCUGCCUCGGAAACUUUGGCCAAACAGGUGACUCAGGAGAACUUUGACAAGGGGCUCAUAUACCCACCAUUCACUAACAUUAGAAAGAUUUCAGCUCACAUUGCUGCCAGUGUUGCUGCUAAAGUUUACGAACUUGGUAACUUCUUUUACCGCACGUUCUUAUUGCAGGAUUUGCUUGUGAAUGUUCUGAAAGUGUUAUUCAUUUGCAACUCCCUUUUAGGUUUGGCUACUCGUCUCCCUCAACCGGAGAAUCUGGUGGAGUAUGCCGAGAGCUGCAUGUACAGCCCCAUGUAUCGUUGCUUCCGGUGAUCAAAUAGAGUUCAUAGUUUUGCUUGUUUUGAUAAUACUAGUCAUUUUACAUUUCUUUCAUUCUUCUUCCAUUUCAUUUUGUCCACCCUUCCAUCUGUUUUGCCCUAUUUCCGUUUUCUUCUUACUGUAAGUUAUAUAUAAUAUGGCGAAGAAGCAUGGUGGGUGAUGGUAGCUGACCUAGUGGAGAUUUUAGCCUUGAGAAUGUUCUUGAGUAUCAGAAAGACUCUAAAUUAUUACCAUAUGUUGAAUCAUGUGAUCAACUUGUAUACAUUCAAGUCAGAGACGAAGGUCGACUAAGGCUUUGUUUGGCCCACUAUUUCUAAAAGAGGAACUUAAAAGUAGCUGAUGUUAGUUGAAAUAAAAGAGUUAUACCGAAAUUAUUGCUA